GGGCUGGUCAAGGGAAGUGCGACGUGUCUGUGGAGCCUUUUUAUACCUCCUUCUCGGGAGUCCGGCAGUAGCCACUGCCGCCGCCACCGAGCGUCCUAGCGCUUCCGCUCCCAGGAGCUGGGCUCCGAGUUCCAGCGCGCAGGGCACCGCCGCAGCCAGCCAGCAUGUCGUCCGGGGUCAAGAAACAGAAGACGGAUCCCAUCCCACAUUGCAUUUAGUUGUCAUGUCUCCUUAAGCUCCUCUUGACAGUGACAGCUUCUCAGACUGUCGUUGUUUUUGAUGACCUUCACGCUUUGGAGGAGUACUGAUCAGGAGACCCAGCAGAAAUCCACCAAUGUUGUGUAUCAGGCGCAUCACGUGAGCAGGAAUAAGAGAGGGCAGGUGGUUGGAACAAGGGGUGGAUUCCGAGGAUGUACCGUGUGGCUGACAGGUCUCUCUGGUGCUGGAAAAACAACGAUCAGCUUUGCUCUGGAGGAGAAUCUCGUCUCCCACGCCAUCCCUUGCUACUCCCUCGAUGGGGACAACGUCCGUCAUGGCCUCAACAAAAACCUUGGAUUCUCUCCUUGGGACAGAGAAGAAAACAUCCGCCGGAUUGCUGAGGUGGCCAGGCUGUUUGCCGACGCUGGUCUGGUCUGCAUUACCAGCUUCAUUUCUCCUUUUGCAAAGGAUCGUGAGAAUGCCCGCAAAAUCCAUGAAUCUGCAGGACUGCCAUUCUUUGAAAUAUUUGUAGAUGCGCCUCUAAACAUUUGUGAAAGCAGAGAUGUAAAAGGUCUCUACAAACGGGCCCGAGCUGGGGAGAUCAAAGGGUUUACGGGUAUUGAUUCCGAUUAUGAGAAACCUGAAACUCCUGAGCUUGUGCUUAAAACCAACUUGUCCUCGGUGAGCGACUGCGUGCAGCAGGUGAUGGAACUUCUACAGGAGCAGAACAUUGUACCCCACACUAUAAUCAAAGGCAUCCACGAACUGUUUGUGCCGGAAAACAAACUCGACCAAGUCCGAGCUGAGGCCGAAGUGCUCCCUUCGUUAUCAAUUACCAAGCUGGAUCUUCAGUGGGUCCAAGUUUUGAGUGAAGGCUGGGCCACUCCCCUCAAAGGUUUUAUGCGGGAAAAGGAGUACUUGCAGGUUAUACACUUUGGCACCCUGCUAGACGACGGAGUGAUUAACAUGAGCAUCCCCGUCGUGCUGCCCGUCUCCGCGGAUGAUAAGACACGGCUGCAAGGGUGCAGCGAGUUUGUCCUGACACACGGAGGACGGAAGGUGGCUAUCUUACGAGACCCUGAAUUCUACGAACACAGAAAAGAGGAGCGUUGUUCCCAUGUGUGGGGCACAACCUGUGCAAAACACCCCUACAUCAAAAUGGUGAUGGAAAGUGGGGAUUGGCUGGUUGGUGGUGACCUUCAGGUGCUGGAGAGAAUACGGUGGAAUGAUGGGUUGGACCAAUACCGCCUGACACCUCUGGAGCUCAAACAGAAAUGUAAACAAAUGAAUGCUGACGCAGUGUUCGCAUUCCAGUUGCGCAAUCCUGUCCACAACGGCCAUGCUCUGCUGAUGCAGGACACCCGCCGCCGGCUCCUGGAGAGAGGCUACAAGCACCCGGUCCUCCUGCUGCACCCCCUGGGGGGCUGGACCAAGGAUGAUGAUGUGCCCCUGGACUGGCGGAUGAAGCAGCACACAGCUGUGCUCGAGGAGGAGGUUCUAGAUCCCAAAUCCACCAUCGUGGCCAUCUUCCCAUCUCCCAUGUUGUAUGCUGGCCCCACAGAGGUCCAAUGGCACUGCAGGUCCCGGAUGGUUGCAGGGGCCAAUUUCUACAUUGUGGGCCGGGACCCUGCAGGAAUGCCCCACCCUGAGACCAAAAAAGACCUGUAUGAACCUACUCAUGGGGCCAAGGUCUUGACCAUGGCCCCUGGCCUCACCUCUGUGGAAAUCAUUCCAUUCCGAGUGGCUGCCUACAACAAAGCCAAAAAAGCCAUGGACUUCUAUGAUCCAGCAAGGCACAAUGAGUUUGACUUCAUCUCAGGAACUCGUAUGAGGAAGCUGGCCCGGGAAGGAGAGAAUCCCCCAGAUGGCUUCAUGGCCCCCAAAGCAUGGAAAGUCCUGACAGAUUAUUACAGGUCCCUGGAGAAGAACAACUAAAUGCCCUUCAGCACCAGAGUUUCUUUCUGAAGUGCUGUGAUUUCUUUUUCUAUUUUUGUGAUUAGAUGCUUUGUAUCCAACUGCUUCUCAAUGAUGGACUUUAAUGUUUUAUAAUGAGGUAAAAAUGUUCGCUAUAAUUUAAAGUCAACACAUAAACACACACACGUGUGUGUGUGUAUAUAUAUAUAAAGUAAAACUGAAGACCAAACCUUAGCAGGUAAAAGCAAUAUUGUUAUUUCAGAAUGAAAUUAGUUGUAUUUUCUACCGCAUCUGAGCAGUAGGUCCCAGAUUUUGUAAAGCUUUGACCAUGUGUCUAGUUUACUUGCCAAAAAGUAAAGCAUGUCUCCCAGCUUAAGUCUUGCCAACCUGCAUUCUCCCAUGUCAUAUACCAGUAGUAAAGGAAAUGAGAUGGGCAGCCCCUUCUAUACAGCUGACAAAAAAGAAAAAAACAAGAAAAUCUCACCCCAAAUGAGGAGUGGCUCAUGUCAAGAUUCUUGCUAGUAUUUCCCUCGUGCCCAUAUCCAGCCUACUGCCCAGUAUCUUAGUUGCUGAACUAUGACCUGACUGGAGAAACCAAAUGUGUGAAAAUGUGAAGUUAAUCUCAGAGAUCUAUGCAACCUAGUUCUGCCACGGAAGUUAUAUUAUCUAAUAAGAAAAGAAGUCUUAAUAGUUUUCUGUGAAUAAUGUAACUCCAGUUAAACGGUGUCUUUUAAUUAAAUAGCAUACAGGGCUUUGAUGAAAAGAUUUGCACCCAGGCCUCAAACAAUCUGGCAAUGUUGUGGACAUUUAAUUUUUCUCCUCUUUGCUGUGGUCAUUGUGUCUAUGGAGAGGCUGCGCCUAUUACCUGCAGCGGCAUCAGCUGUGACCAAAAACAAUUCAGACCAUCAGACUAGCGAGCUGCUGGAACCGGACAAAAACGCAGGAAGCUCCAAACUUUUCAUCUUACAGGUGAUCAAACUAAGACGAUGCACAAGCACAGGCUUCAUGAACUAAUGAGCACUGUAACAAAAGUGCCAAAUUGGCAUUUUGGAAGUACUGGUGGCACUGAACGAGCACCCAGGCCACUUGACUCCCAGGCUGCUGCUUUGUCUACCCUGUACAACACAGGAGCUGGACCUGGUUUCCCUCAACUGCUUAACAAAACUCCUUGAACAGAGGGCACUUCUUGGAUGCUGUAAGGUCCGGAGUUUUCUAAACCCAGCUGAUUUUACUGCAGUUGAAAAAAAUACUUUCCCAAAGACUCAUGCUGUUCUGAAACAUUCAAACCUCUGAUGGCUUUACCUUCUGGGAGGCACUCUUGCACCUUCUGCAUAAUUCCUUGUUACUAAGGAAUAUAUGAAGAAAUAGUACCUUUUGUACAUAGGUCUCUCUGGAAGAGACUUAAGACUGGAAAGAGAAAACUGUGGUUUUUUUCAUACUCAGUUUUGUUUUUUUAAAUGCUAAACCAAGCUAAUGAAAGUUCUUUUGAGAAUAAAUCACAGUGGCCACAGCAAAGUAUGACUGACUAUCUUUAAUAGCACAGUGCCUAUAUUCAUUUAAUCAGAGGUCCUCACUACUGCCUUUUUAAAAAACAGCAUAUUUAUUGAAAACAUGAGACAAGAUGUAGGUGCCUUAACCAAUGUAUUUUGUGAUUUUUUAAAUAUAUUUAAAACUGCUCUUCUGCUUGAGUACCACUUAGUGCAAAUGAUUAUUUCUAUGUACAACUGAUGCUUGUCCUUAUUUUAAUAAAUUUCUCAAAACGAA